AUGACGGAGGCGUUAAGUCUAGCUGGAAUGCGAGUGAUGUGCGAGGGAAAAGAUCAGUCGGAAUUCGUAAGCGAAGUACCAUGCUCCCCACGAGGUGAAGAAAUCUUGCGAAUGAGACAGGAAUUAGAGGCUGCUCGUCGGUCACUAGCCGAAAAAGACGAGAAGAUGUGCCGAUUGUCCCGGAUACAGGAUACCGUCGAUGCCGAGGUACAGGAACUGACCGAGAAGCUUUUCCAGGAGGCUUACCGAAUGGUGAACUAUGCCGAAGAACGUCGGGAGCGAUCUGAAAAGCUCUUGAACGAGUCAAGGUUGCAGGUCGAAGUCCUGUCGGCUGAAGUGGCUGCCCUCAAACUACUUGUUCAAACACCUGGUAUGGGUCAGAACCACUUCCAACAUACGUCUCCUGAGCACAAAUCGGCUUUGGCAAAGCUGUUUUCCACUACCUCAGCUAAACGAUCGAGUUCAUCUGGAGCCGUCCCCACGCGAAAAGCGUCCACUUUGCCGCCAACGACGACUCACCUCCAACGCGAGAAGGAACGAGAAACUGAACAGAAACAGGCGGAAGCUGUCGAAGAAAUUACCGAUCAGGUGGAUCCGAUACUGAUGCUCGAAUUCACAUCGUGGCGUGAUGCUGGUCAUCCGUUGGCUCAUCAUCCCUUCAUGGACCGUGUCAAUAUUGAAGAGAUCGCGCCAUGUAUGCUGUUCAGUGCCAAAGAGGUUUGUAGACUUUAUUACAUAGACAUACAUGCUUUGAGAAAGGACUUCCGUGGAAAAAUGUCGUGGGUGAGGAUGACUUGUGAGAUAGACGAGCUGUCCGACGCGGUUUUUGAUUCCAUAGCUGCGAACAAGCUGGAGCUGGAACCUGUACAUGAAGAUAAACCACAUAUCAUCUGUUUGUUAACGGAACCGAUGAACUUUUCCGUAUUAAAAGUCAUCAGUUUCAGGCCUUGUGCCCUGACGAAUGUUUCCCGAUUCUGUCCAUAUCGAGUACGGGUUUCUGAGGAUGCUCCAUGGCAUAGGAUCUCCCUGCUGGCGCGGAAUCGAAUAGCUGCGGUCUGUGACUACUUCACAUUUAUACGGUACUUGCGAGCCGGUUUGAUCAAAUCUGGUAUUCGAGACGCAUAUUUUGAUGUGAUGCAGCUCCGGCGGAACAUGUGUCUGGCGAAGCUUGGCCUUGGAUUUGUGCCAAAAACCAACUUACGACCCGGUUUCUAG